UAUCCGUACGUAUGCUUCGUUAUAUUUUUCGAUUAAUCGAGUUUCUUCGAACUCGUAAAAAAUUUGCGAAUCGAACGAAACGGUCGGUCGUUACACCGCGCGACGUUUGGUUAAAAAUUCGCGGUUAAAACUGGAACUGAUUCGUGAAUGUUCGUAUAGACUCGGAAACGAUCAAAUAUUUCCUGCGCAAGGAUCACCCACUACUGUGUUAUAUCGAUGACCAGUGCGAAUCCAUUCCUUCGCGAGGACGUUUUACGUCGCACGAAUCGCACGAUCGGCAAAAUUCGAUUGUCGAUUCCUCGUGAAAAUCAGUCAAUUACUCUAGGCUAGUGUUACGAACGAACGUAGAAGAUGCUCGCCAACAAGUGUCAAACUGCGCUUUGUGCUCGAACGUUUUCACGUUGGCAAUUGUUCCAAGGGCAUGCGACUGUUUGGAAGAGAUGUCUAACCGUAACUUUAUCGGAAGAACCAAAUAUGCCAGUGAUCGCGACAGAAAUACCAGGACCUCGAUCACGUAGUUUGUUUCAAGAACUUAACGCGAUACAACAAGCCUCUUCCGUACAAUUUUUCGCAGACUACGAAAAAUCAGUAGGUAACUAUUUAAUGGACGUUGAUGGGAAUAUUUUGCUCGACGUUUAUAUGCAAAUUUCAUCGAUGCCUCUGGGUUACAAUCAUCCAGCUAUGUUAAAAACUCUCGCUGAUCCGGUUAAUCAGAAAAUUAUAGCAAAUAGGCCUGCAUUAGGUAUCUUCCCUGGAAAAGAGUGGCCAGAUAAACUGAAAAAAAUUUUGUUGCAUAAAGAGAUUGCUCCACCAGGAUUGUCUCAUGUUACAACUAUGAUGUGUGGUUCUUGUUCGAAUGAAAACGCGUUUAAAACUAUAUUUAUUUGGUACGCUGAAAAACAAAGGAAGGGUAAUUCGUUCACGAAGGAAGAAAUAGAAACUUGUAUGAUGAAUCAACUUCCCGGUACACCGCGAUUUUCGAUACUUUCGUUUAAAGGCGCAUUUCAUGGCCGAACAUUGGGAUCCCUUUCGACGACGCAUAGUAAAUACAUUCACAAGAUAGAUAUCCCAGCUUUUGAUUGGCCUACAGCAUCGUUUCCCGUAUACAAAUAUCCGUUGAAUGAAAAUAUUAGAGAAAAUCAGCAAGAAGAUAAACGAUGUUUAGCCCAUGUAGAGGAAUUAUUUGAAAAAUAUAAAACCGAGAAGAAAAUUCCAGUUGCUGGUGUGAUAGUUGAACCGAUUCAAGCAGAAGGGGGUGAUAAUCAUGCAUCUCCUGAAUUUUUUCAAGAAUUACAACGUAUAACGAAGAAACAUGGUGCAGCAUUGUUAAUCGAUGAAGUACAAACAGGUGGCGGGCCAACAGGAAAAAUGUGGUGUCACGAACAUUUUAAUCUAGAAUUUCCUCCAGAUUUGGUAACUUUUAGUAAAAAGAUGCAAUUGGGUGGUUAUUAUCACAUCGAAUCUUUAAAGCCUAAACAAUCGUUCCGUGUUUUUAACACUUGGAUGGGAGAUCCAAGUAAAAUAAUAUUACUUGAAGCGGUAUUAGAGACGAUAAGAAAGGAAAAUCUUUUACAUAGGGUUACAGUUGUUGGAGAUUAUAUACUAAAAAAAUUGAUGAAUUUGCAAAAUGAAUUUUCUACUAUGAUUAAUUCCGUACGCGGACGUGGAACGUUCAUUGCGUUUAAUUGCGCUUCACCUGAAUUACGAGAUGUGAUAAUUAAGAAACUUUUAAGCAAAGGUAUUCAAACCGGUGGCUGUGGAACCGCAGCGAUAAGAUUAAGACCUGCCUUGACGUUUACGGAAAAACAUGCCGAUAUAUUUCUGGAUCGUCUUCGAUCUAUUUUAAAAGGACAAUAAUUUUAAAGAAAUAAUGCUAUAUCGAGUUAUAUGCCGAGAUGCAUUCCACGUGUCUUCCAAAAUUGUCUUCCAAAAUCGUAAAGAGAUUAGAUAAUUUUAAUAUACUUAUACAUACGUCAGAGAAUGUUUAUGAAUAUAUUU